CGGAGGCGAUGCGGAGGCCCGCCAGCCCCACACCGACACAUCCGCCGUCCACCGGGGGACUCUAGGCUGCUCCGGGCUAUGGCUGCACCCAUCGCUCAUUUCGACGAGGACUGGCCGAGCCUGGGUGUCCUGAGCGCGGCGGCGGAGGCGGCCGAGCUGCCGGGGAAAGGCCGCGGUUACCCCGCCGCCGCCGCCGCCGCCGCCGGGGGGGAAGCGGCUCCGCGGCCGCUCCUGGACGGGGAUGAGGAGGAGGAUCUCCCCGACGGCAGCUUCUCCCCGGGGGGAGCCGCCGGGUUCAGGUCCAUGGAGGACCUGGUGAACGAUUUCGAUGAGAAAUUAUCUUUGUGCUUCCAAAAUUUCCAGGUGAAGACGGACAGCAUCGCGCCUGUGAGCGCGAUCAGCGAGGACGCGCUGCUGGAGAAAGACGAAAUCUGGAACGCGUUAACCAGUAACUACGGCCGCGUGAUGCCGGUGGACUGGCGGCGGUCUCGAACCUUCUCCCUGCACGUCCCGGCCAUCCACCAGGAAAAGCAACCUACAAACCCCGACGUCGCCACGGAGCCGUCGGACGACGAGGAGCUGAGGGAGCAGCUGGAUAUGCACUCCAUCAUCGUCUCCUGCCUGGCGGAGGAGCCUCUCUUCACAGCGGAGCAGGUCAUUGAGGAGAUUGAAGAAAUGAUGCAGGACUCCCCCGACGCGGAGGCGGAGCACAACCCCUCCCAGUCCGACCUGUCCAUGCUGUCGCUGGACAUCGAGCGGAACAACUGCAGCCCCGGACUGGAGGAGAGAGUGAGGAGCCUGAGCGUGGCGGAGCUGAACGUGCGUCUGGAGGACACUGAGACCAGCAUCCGGAGGUUCUCGGAGGAGCUGGUGCAGCAGCUGGCUCUCCGGGACGAGCUGGACUUCGAGAAGGAGGUGAAGAACUGCUUCAUCUCGGCGCUCAUCGACGUGCAGAACCGGCAGAAGGAGCACCGCGAGUCGCUGAAGAAGAAGAAGAAGCUGAAAGGCGGGGCCGGAGCGUCGCAGGGAAUCGCUGAGAAAACUCUGGGAUCGCGCUUCAGCAUGGAGGGUCUCUCCUCCGUUAUUCAGAACAGCUUCAGGCAGACCUUUGGGAGCGGGUGCAGUGAAAGACAGUAUUUGACCACAGUCAUUCCUUAUGAGAAGAAAGGACACCCCCCUUCCAUUGAAGACCUCCAGAUCCUGACCAAGAUUUUACAUGCAAUGAGAGACGACAGCGACAAGGUGCCCAGCCUCCUGACAGACUACAUCCUCAAAGUGCUUUGCCCGACGUAGACCAGCCGGACUCCCUGCAGAGUCAACAUCAGCGUCGCCGCUUAAAGGAGACUCGCCGAAAACAUGAAGCACACUUAAUUUAUUUCUGUAUAUUCUUACCUUUCUCUUGUGUUCUUGUUUUUAUUGGGUUGCAGUUGUUUUUUGUGCAUUCCUGUGGUUUUUGACUUUCUUUUCUUUGGUGUUUUUUUGGAUUCUCUUGCACUGUGGAAGUGUUUCCUUGAAAUGAUGAAAGAAGUAUGAGAUUGGCUCUUUUUGGUGAUGAGUUUGCGCAAAGCUAUAAUUGAAAAAAAAGUGUUCAGUCAUAGAGUGAGCAGUGAACAAUUGCAUGAAGCACAUGGGUGGAGAACCCUGCAGUAUGAGGGAGUAUUCAAGACGAGAUUGAUCCUCGGUGUUGCAGCAGAGCGUUGAGCAGAUCAAAACAGAAUCACUUAGUCCUAAAUCCAUAAAUACCUUCCAGAUCUCAGUCGUACACACCACCGUUGUUUUCUUCCUGAAGGUAAUGCAAAUCUGACUGAUGGUAGCUAAUUCACUUGACUUAACUAUUAACUAUGCAUCUAAGUGAAAACUGAAUUGUGACCCUUGCACUGUCUCAACUUUUUAUAACUGACUGGGAAAAACAGCACCAAUGGGCAUUGUGUGUAUGUGCGUGCGUGCGUGUGCGUGUAUGUGUGUGUGUGUGUGUGUGUGUGUGUGUGUGUGUGUGUGUGUGUGUGCGCGUGCGCGUGUGUUAUAUAUAUAGAGACUCUGUACAAGCUGCCUUUGCCUUUGCCUGAACUUUUGUACAUUAUAAAUAACUUAUUUUCAAUUUUCAGUGAAUGUUUGUUAUGAGAGUAGACUACUAAGAAAACCUGCUUCACUGUUUAUUUAUUUUGUAAAUAUUGUAUUUCAAAAAUAUAGA